GUGGUACCUAUGGCUUCUUCUUAUAAUUGAAUAUCUAAAUCUGAACUGGUUUCCAAGUUGGAACUACAAAUCAUUCUUAGCGUUGAGUUGUUCGAAUGAUUUUCAAUCAAGCUCUCUAUUUUAAUAUAUAAGUACUUAUUGAUGUCUAUUUUAAACAUCCUCUUACCUAAAAUUUUCUUCUCUUCAGAUCAUCAAUACAGGAAAUCAUCAUGUCUACCGCAAUCAUCUCCCGUUUAGUUUCAGUAGAACCUGUUGUGAAAAAACAAGUUGAAUUGAAUAAUGGAGUCCUCAUGCCCAUUCUCGGUUUCGGAACCUUCAGGAUUAAGGGAUACGAAGUAAUACACUCAGUGUUAGACACCGCCCUUCAAGCUGGUUAUCGCCUUAUAGAUACUGCAACCGUUUAUCAAAAUGAGGAAGAUAUAGGACUUGCACUUGAAAAACUUCUUCCGAAAUACAAUCUAAAGAGAGAAGACAUUUUCAUUACUUCAAAAUUAGCACCAUCUGACCAUGGUAACUACGAUGUUGUCUCUAAGGCUGUUAAAUUAUCUUUAAAAAAGUUAAGGACUUCUUACAUUGAUCUUUACCUUAUUCAUUGGCCUGGUCUUCAAAAAACUCCCUCAGAAAAUGAUGACAACUUAAAAGGGAGGUCUGAGUCUUGGGCAGCAUUGAGUAAAAUUUAUUUGGAAGAUAAGACUUUACGAUCCAUUGGCGUUUCCAACUACACAUCCAAACACCUCAACCAGCUUCUGAGCAAACCCAGUGCUGUUGUUCCAGUUGUAAAUCAAGUUGAGUUUCAUCCAUACUGGCAGCAAUCAGAUGAAUUUCAUGAGAUUCAUAAUAAGGCUAAUAUAAUUCCUCAAGCUUAUUGUUCAUUAGGCGGUUCCUCUGUUCAUAAACUCCUUGAAGACCCUAUUGUAAAAGCUGUUGCAGAAGAAAAUAAGUUUACCUCAGCUCAGAUUUUGUUGAGAUGGGCUCUACAAAGAGGAUACGCUGUCAUUCCAAAAUCCGUGACUGCAGGCAGGAUUCAAGAGAAUGCAGACAUCAAUUUCUCGUUAUCUGAUGGAUCCAUGACAUCCCUUUCCAACAUUAAAACUAGUGAAAAAUUUGCUUGGAAUCCUGAUGUGGUUUCUUAGUAUCACCACAAUCUUCUUUCACCCAUUAUAUUGCUGUAGGAGUCAAGGAGACCCUUUUGUCAAAAAGAGCCAACGAACCUUAAGUAUUCUUAAUGGACCAUUUAUUUCUCAACAAUGAAACUGGGAGGACGAGCGAAUAUCACUGUGAACUGAGUGCAUUCGUUUUUUGAUCAACUACUGCCACUUGAUAAUUUUUUGCACCGGAAAUUGUAGGGAUUAUAAAGGGGUUCAACGCUGAUCAAAUUACAGCUUUUUUGAUUUGAUGUUUGUUUUGAAUUUUUGAGGACAAUAUGGUGGAGAAAUUUUACUGUUUUGUUACUACUUUUCGGUGAAAAUCAAGCUUGCAACGAUAAUUUCAUAUCAUUUUACAAGGGUUUUUAGUGAAGAAGUGUUACAAUUGUUGCACCACUGCUGUCACUUUUACUUUUAUACAAACUUGUUUCGUUUGGAAGUUGAUGCUAAAAUAUGCCGCACCCUGUUAUCACUCCACGAUUUUGGUUUUUUUCGAGCCAAAAAUGAAAGAAUACCAGUGUACACGUCUCCAAAUUGUGCAUGUCCGUGGCUAGCACGGAAAAAAGUUUUUUUUUAUCAUCACCAAUCUGGUGUUGCAGCACUUUUAUUAGAAAAUAGUCGGUGCUAUGAAAUUCGCUUUUCACCUUUGCUUUUAUCAAAAUAGGCAUUUUUUGCUUUAAAACUAUUAUCGAUAAUUCUUGUUUGUCAGCUGAAUCGUUUAUUAUUCCUCUCAGGAUCCCGACUGUA